CAACUCCAUCUUGACGCGCACUGGAUUGAUCGCUCUUUUUCGUCAAUUCCAACAACCAAACACUGUCCAUAUUCAUCUUUGGAACAUUACCGUCACUACAUACCAACCAAUACCACGAAAGUUCUCACGAAAACGUCAAUAAAAAUGGUUUCCAGCAUCUUCACCCUUCUCGCUCUCCCAGCCCUCGCGCUGUGCGCGCCCGCCACACUUGUGCCCCGUGGCGUUCAGGCCGGAAAAGCCAGCUUCCGCAACAACUGCCCUUACUCCGUAAAGGUGGAGGCUUUCCCCGGCAGCGGCUGCUCCAGCAACCCCGGUGCCACCGUAGCCUCCGGCUCGACCUGGUCCGACAAGCUCCAAGACUGCUCCGGCGGCAACACUGCCCUCAAGGUCUACGAGGACGGCAAGUCCAAGCCCAUGCAAUUCGAGUACGGCAUCAGCGGCGGCAUGCUCUGGUACGACAUGUCCUUCAUCGACUGCAUCAGCGGCUCCAGCGAUAUGAGCGAGUGCGCCGGAACCGCUUGGGCCAUGAAGGGCAACGACAACUGCAAGGCCUGGCAAUGCAACGGCCCCAACUGCUGCGAGCAGGGCUACUGCGACCCCUAUGCCACCAACAUGGCUGAGGAACCCACCGCUGGCUGUGGUGCCGCCGAGGGCAUCACCGAUUCUUCGCAGUUCGGUGUUGUCAUCGAUCUCUGCUAG